UACCUCUAUAGAUGAGGAAUCUGAAGACAAUAUACAGAUUUCUGAGAAGUAUCAGAUAGCUUUGAAUGAGUUAAUCGAUAAGCUUAAAAAAAUUGUACCUGUAAAAAAGGAAAAUGUAGUGAAAAUAUUAGAAUCUCUUCAAAUGGAUAAAAAACAACAACAAUCGUCGAUAAUAAUAUUUAUGGCUGCUUCUUAUAAUAAAGUAUCUAAAGAAAAAAGAGUCUAUCUUAAAUAUCAAUUACCAUAUUUUGGUAAUGUAUGUUCUCUUUUCUUUAAGACAUUCUGGAGAUGCCAAAAAAAUGCCUUAUAUAGACUCCGUAAAUGGGUUAAAAAACGUAAAUCGAUGCUGCCCCCACCUCAUGGUAAUAUUGGCCGUAUAUCAGCAAAUAUUUUACCUGUUGAAACAAUUAAUAAUACAAAAUCUUUUAUUCGAGAGAUAGGAAAACAAAAUGAUAAGGCAGUAGCUGUUCAAAAGUAUACACAGAAAAAAACAAGUGGACAAGUAACUGUAACUUACGAAAAAU